AUGAGCAUCACGUACAGAGUAAAGAUUUGUGCUCGUCAAACGGGGGAAGAUGAUUUUAGAUUUCAAAGAAAAAUAUCGGAACAGUUAUGGCUAGACCGAUUCAAACAGCUAAUUCGGCAUCGCGUGAAUAUGCAUAUGUUUAUACGCGAUGAAAUAAGAAAAAGAAAGACCGCUCCACAGAUAGCCCAAUACUAUUCCAUAAUAAUAAACGAAUCACGGUGCAACAGACAAGCAAAUCUCGGUCUCACAAAAGAUCUUGAACAAGAAAUAUUCAUUGCAAACGAGGCAAGACGAAGUGAAGAAGGAAUCGAUAGAUCUAAUGACAAUAUUGAAUAUAUGCAUCAACAGGCUAAACGAAAUAUUCAUAGUACAACACCAUCCGUUCAGAUGGAAUGUGACACUCGAUGCGGAUAUAAGGGGUGCACAAAGGAAUUAAAUAAGAUAUCCGGAAGUGAUGCGUGCCCACCAAAUAUUUGA